UAGACUUGGGCAUCUGGUACAACAGAGGAGGAAUGUGAGAGUUACUUUGUUUAUACUGACAGUGAUUAGCAGAAAGAGCACUUGAGGGUAUGUGUUUCCCAUGGCUAUAGCAUGGUGUUCAAAGAAGCCACCAACCAAUAGUCACAUUGUCGACUACAGAAGUCUGAAUAUGUGGUUGCCUCAUCUUGUGUUUGGUUCAAACGAAUGUUAAAGGAGGAAGGAUGUGAGGUAGAAGGGAAGCACUGUCAACAAUCAAGCUCUAACAACUCAUUUUCUACGAGACCUAAUUAAUGAUGGAGAGGUAAGCUUGGAGCAUUGUGGGUCAGAUGAAAAAACUGCAGACAUUUACACAAAACCACUAAAGAUAGAGAGAGAGAGAUGCUGGAGAAGAUGAGAAAUAGAUUUGAGAUUCACUUUUUAGGGAAGCUAAAACUUAAAAUAUCAAGUUUUAGUUCAGGGAAGUUUUGCUGAAGCAAAUCAACAGAUAAUAUAGUAGGAGCAGGUUGUGUUGGUAAAAAAAAAAACUGUUUUUGGGUUAAUUAAUUGGAGAAGCAUAGUAUUCAAGCUCUGUGAGAAGAUGUACCACUAGGAUACAAGCUCUUAUCGGUGUUACGAGUUUGCAUUAGUCUUUGAUCAAAUAAAUAAUGGCUGAGUCUUUCUUUCAGUCUAAGUUGUUUACGUGAGUUUCUGUUUUGAUUGUAAGGCUAUCAGAGUUGAAAUCAUUCUCAGACAGUUUGAAUCUUAAGACUCUGUUUUCUCUUGGUUUCGGUAAUAAAAGUUGAUGGGCCCUCUGUUUUUUUCUUCCGACAGGUCCUAUAAAAAAGCUUCAAGCUUUUGACGUUUGUCUCAAGAAGGGAGUAAACUCAGAUGAAGAUGGGACCUGUACAAACUCCAUCACUGAUAGUAUACAACAAGAUGCUCAAAUCUUUCGCCGACACCAAAACCUUCACCAAAGUCUUGUCUCUGUUCGCUGAACUGCGACGAAACGCCUUGUAUCCCGACAAUUUCACCUUACCAAUCAUUCUCAAAUCAAUCGGACGCUUGAGGAACGUUGCGGAAGGCGAGAAACUCCACGGCUACGCUCUUAAAUCCGGGCUGAACCUCGACCCUUACGUGUGUAACUCGCUCAUGGGAAUGUACGCUGCGCUGGGUAAGAUGGAGAUCGCUCGCAAGGUGUUCGACGAAAUGCCUCAACGAGAUGUUGUUUCUUGGAACGGCUUGAUUUCUAGCUACGUUGGACACGGGAGGUUUGACGAUGCCGUCGCUGUUUUUAAGCGGAUGAGUAAGGAGAGUGACUUGAAGCCUGAUGAGAGCACGAUCGUGAGCACGCUCUCGGCUUGUUCUGCUUUGAAGAAUUUGGAACUUGGUGAAGUGAUUCACAGGUAUGUUGUUGCUGUUGGCGGAGAGUUUGAGACGAGUGUUAAGAUUGGGAACGCUUUGGUGGAUAUGUUCUGUAAAUGCGGGUGUCUAGAUAAGGCUAGAGGGGUGUUUGAGUCGAUGAGAGUGAAAAAUGUUAAGUGUUGGACAAGCAUGGUCUGUGGGUAUGUUAGUAACGGUAGGAUUGAUGAGGGUAGAGAGUUGUUUGAGACGAGUCCUGUGAAAGAUGUUGUUCUGUGGACAGCUAUGAUGAAUGGGUAUGUUCAGUUUAACAGGUUUGAUGAAGCACUCGAGCUGUUCAGGCGGAUGCAAAGCCAAGGUGUUAGACCUGAUAACUUCGUGCUUGUCUCUCUCUUGAAAGGCUGUGCUCAGACGGGGGGCCUGGAGCAGGGGAAGUGGAUCCAUGGGUACAUAUGUGAGAACAGAGUUAGAGUGGAUAAAGUGGUUGGCACUGCUCUUGUCGACAUGUAUGCUAAAUGCGGGUGCAUAGAGACAGCUCUAGAGGUUUUCUACGAAACUAGAGAGAGAGACACUGCUUCUUGGACAUCGCUUAUCUACGGUCUUGCCAUGAACGGGAUGUCAAGGAGAGCGAUGGACUUGUACUACGAGAUGGAGAACGGGGGUGUUAGAUUAGAUGAUAUAACCUUUGUCUCGGUGUUAACAGCCUGUAAUCACGGUGGAUUUGUAGGAGAAGGACGUGGAGUUUUCUAUUCGAUGAGCAAUGUACAUAAGGUCAGGCCUAAAUCAGAGCACUAUAGCUGUAUGAUUGACCUACUAUGCAGAGCUGGUUGUUUAGAAGAAGCAGAGGAAUUGAUUGAUGAGAUGAGAGAUGAAAGCGAUAAAACUUUGGUUCCUGUGUACUGCUCUUUGCUAAGCGCUGCUCGGAACUAUGGGAACGUGGAGUUAGCUGAAAGAGUAGCGGAGAAGCUGGAGAAAGUGGAAGUUAGUGAUUCGAGUGCUCAUACUCUGCUGGCCAGUGUAUACGCAUCUGCCAACAAAUGGGAAGAUGUGACGAAUGUGCGAAGCAAAAUGAAAGAUUUGGGAAUCAGAAAGUUUCCUGGUUGCAGCUCUGUGGAGAUUGAUGGGGUUCCUCAUGAAUCCAUUGUUGGAGAUACAUCAUCAUCAUCAUCAUCCCACCCAAAAACGGAUGAGAUUAAAUACAAUGCUGUAUCAAACUACAAGUUGGAUGUUGAGUUUGGAACAUGAAGUAACUGAAAGUUGACACUUUCUUGUGUUAGAUAACUUAUUAGGCAACGUAAUAGCAAAAGCUGAUCUUUUUACAUA